AUGGCAACGAGAACAUGGUGGACUUACUAUUCUAUCGACACUUCCCUCGAGUGCACGCUGAAGUUGGCAGUGUAUAUUUUAAUACGUUGCUGGAAUGCGCUGACUCCUGAGCUCAUUGAGACUGCAUUCAGUAUGCACAUCAAAGAUCUUGAAGAAAAUGAAAGCAUCCAACCAUGUAUCUCUGACGAAGAGGCCUCAGACUUCAUUGAACGGAUUGACGAAGUGAAGGCUCAAUUCACAGUAGGCGAGCUUCUUGGCCAAAACGCAGAAGAGGAAGACGCCCCUGAUUUUGACCUCCUUCAAGAGUUCAGUGAGAUCAAUGAACGACGCCAUAGGAGACAGGAAAAUACCCAGAUUGAAGAAAUAGUUUCAGAUGAUGAAGACUGGGAUGGAAGUGAUGAUGAAGAAGAUCUUGAAGGAUUCACUCCAGAAGAAGAAAGAGAAAUCCUUGAAUAUGAUCUAGAUCCAUCAGAAAUUGAAAGCGCAGUAGAACCUGAACCAAAUUAUAAUCCUCCUUCUCCAGCUGAAGUGUUUUCGCCUCUUCCAAUAGUUGAUGUCCAUUUUGAACCCACAGAUCAAUUGAUACACUGCCUUGCAUCAAGAAGCGGAGCAUCUUUUAUGGACUCUGUGGAAUAUGCUCCGCGAUUUGAUGUUUUGUUAACCAAUCAGCUUCAUUACUCAGAAAUAUUUAACGAGAUCAGACGUCACAAUCAUUAUGCCACAGAGAGGGUAAAUUCACAAAUCAUCAGGCUCGAUGAUUCUCGAAGCGCCUUAAAUGCCGCCAUGCAAUUGUUCUUGACUAUCAUUAUCCUUGAAAAUAUUCGAAUCGAAGAAGAUAAUG